AUGUUUGGGAUUCAAGAUACUUUAGGAAGAGGACCAAUUCUGAAAGAUAAAUCUCUAAGUUCUGAAAUGGAUUCCGUCAGGUCCUGGGUCAGAAACGUUGGGGUUGUGGAUGCAAACGUAGCGGCACAAAGCGGAGUAGCUUUGUCCAGAGCUCACUUUGAAAAGCAGCCACCCUCCAACUUGAGGAAAUCCAAUUUCUUUCACUUUGUUCUGGCUCUCUACGACAGACAGGGGCAGCCCGUGGAAAUAGAGAGGACAGCUUUUGUGGACUUUGUAGAAAAUGAUAAAGAGCAAGGCAAUGAAAAGACGAACAACGGUACGCAUUACAAGCUCCAACUCCUUUAUAGCAACGGUGUCAGGACUGAACAGGAUCUGUAUGUUAGACUCAUCGAUUCAGUCACUAAGCAGCCCAUAACUUAUGAAGGACAGAAUAAGAAUCCUGAAAUGUGCAGAGUUUUGCUUACCCAUGAAGUCAUGUGCAGCCGGUGCUGUGAGAAGAAAAGUUGUGGCAACAGAAACGAGACUCCGUCUGACCCCGUGAUCAUUGACAGAUUCUUCCUGAAAUUUUUUCUCAAGUGCAAUCAGAAUUGCUUGAAAACAGCAGGAAACCCAAGAGAUAUGAGGCGGUUCCAGGUUGUGCUAUCAACAACAGUGAACGUUGAUGGGCAUGUGCUGGCAGUGUCUGACAACAUGUUUGUUCACAACAACUCCAAGCAUGGACGGAGAGCAAGGAGGCUUGACCCCUCAGAAGCUGCCACGCCGUGCAUCAAAGCAAUCAGCCCAAGUGAAGGCUGGACUACAGGGGGGGCGAUGGUCAUCAUUAUUGGAGACAACUUCUUUGAUGGGCUGCAAGUUGUGUUUGGAACCAUGCUUGUCUGGAGCGAGCUUAUCACACCUCACGCCAUUCGAGUGCAGACACCUCCACGCCACAUUCCCGGAGUGGUUGAAGUGACAUUAUCAUACAAAUCCAAACAGUUUUGCAAAGGCGCACCGGGCAGGUUUAUUUACACAGCUUUAAAUGAACCUACCAUAGAUUAUGGCUUCCAAAGACUGCAGAAGGUCAUCCCCAGACAUCCCGGUGACCCUGAAAGACUAGCUAAGGAAAUGCUGCUGAAACGCGCUGCUGACCUAGUUGAAGCCCUGUAUGGGACGCCACACAACAACCAGGACAUCAUUCUGAAACGAGCUGCAGACAUCGCAGAAGCUCUCUACAGCGUACCAAGGAAUCCCGCCCAGAUCCCUGCCCUCUCUAGCUCUCCUGCUCACAGCAGUAUGAUGGGAAUUAACUCCUACGGCAGCCAGCUAGGAGUCAGCAUUUCAGAGUCAACGCAGGGGAACAACCAAGGUUACAUUCGCAAUACAAGCAGCAUCUCACCCCGAGGUUACUCAUCCAGUUCCACACCUCAACAGUCCAAUUACAGCACUUCCAGCAAUAGCAUGAAUGGCUACAGCAACGUCCCCAUGUCAAACCUGGGCGUUCCAGGCUCACCUGGCUUCAUUAACGGCUCUCCGACAGGAUCCCCCUAUGGAUUAAUGUCUUCAAGUCCAACAGUUGGCUCCUCCAGCACUUCUUCCAUCCUUCCAUUCUCCUCUUCCGUCUUUCCUGCUGUCAAACAGAAGAGUGCCUUUGCUCCUGUCAUCAGACCCCAAGGGUCUCCUUCUCCUGCCUGCUCUAGUGGCAAUGGAAAUGGGUUUAGAGGUAAGAAACGUACAAUAUUCAGCCUGUGCAUGUAAAGCACGCUGUGUUAGUCUGGGUAAACACAGUAACCACCUGAAUACCAUCACACUGAUGUUACAGGACUCGGUAGUGAAAAUCUGACCCGAUCCAAUGGAAUUAAAACAAUGCUCUGAGCUUUGUCUAUUUGGUUUUAAAACAACAGGGGACAGACACUCAUUUAUACCGAGAAGGAUUAGACCCACACUGCAUUUCAAUACCAGCUCUUUUGUGAGGAAUGACUUCUCCUUAGGCUUCAGAGACUUGUAAAACAAACGUCUGCCCUGCAGUUAAUACACGGCUCUGUACAUAACAGCCAAUGUCUCGAAACCUGCUGCAAGGUUUAGGCUCAUACCGGGAAUUGAGCCCUAUAGUACAUUUACAGCCUUUUUAAAGGUGAUCUGCAAAACAAAUGUGAGUAUUAAGAUAAGAAUGGAAACCUGUACUAAAUUCUUUCUUUUAACAGGCUGGGGGGGGGGGGGGGGGGGGGCAUGCAGCACAUAAAUAUGCUCCAAGUCUCCAUAAAAAAAGCCGUUACAGGGCCUGAGAAGUCAUCUGGUUCCUUCAGACUUCACUAGAGAUACCACAGAAAACACAACUCUGGGAAUUCAGCCAUGCCAAGAGCCAGUGGUAAUUCUGAAACGAGCCCUACAAACCACACCUGUUGAUUUGGGUGCAUUAUAAAUCCUUAGCUAGGCCACAGGGACUUACAUAAACUGUGAUUAUUUUAUAUAAUAAGGAAAUUCUAAGUGUGUUGAACAAAAUCAAUUACAUUUUUAAAAGCUAACUUACAGAAUUCUGAAACAGCUUCUUCCCCUGCCCUAAUUACAGGAAACUCUCUGCUUCUCUAAGAUCAUCUUCUCCCCAUUAAUGAAAGACAUUGAUCUACCCACGUACAGGUAUCAUGUUGAUAGGGAGUAUAAUUUGUUUUCCACUCUGUUUAAAGAGGAUGGAAAGAAGGAUUUGAAGAAAUUUUUUAAACUGUAAGUAUAGAAAGUUUUGUUGGCCCAACAAUUGUAGCUAUUUAUCUAAACUGUUUAGAAAUGGAUUUACCUUUGUCAAUGUUUCGCAUGUUCACGGUGUCUAAAGGCUCACCAUCACUACCUGGUCUGCAGUUCACCUUUUUCCAUCUUUUUUUUUUUUUUUGUAGUGGUGGUGUUCUUUGUAUCAGCUAAUGAAGGAAUAAAUUGAUUUCACUGCAUUUUUAUAAAAACUGAGAGGGUUUAAGCUGUUUUAGGGAACUGUUCCAAGGUAAUGUAAUUUUAAACUGAUUUAGUUAAACAUUUAACCAGGAAAGCCUAUCAACUUAAGAAUAAUUUGCUUAUUUAGCUUAAGUCAGUUGGGCAGUGCUGUAAAUUAAAGACAAUCAGUGUGUUCAGAACAGAUUUAAGCCUGCUUUAAAGCUAAACUUGUCUAAUGCUAUGCUGAGAAGGCCUAACUGUUCAGAAG